AUGGCGGACUCGGUCUCAAUUCGUCCCAAAGAUGCCUUGGCCGGCCGCGAGGCCGGCUCCGCGUACGACUCUGGGACUUUCAAAAGUAGUAUGACAAUCAGGGUAGAGCAAAAUGUCGGUGCCAUGUCUAUAAGCCCUAGUGGGAGAGACGUCGUCCUUGCAUCGCGAGACGGCCUUCAUAUCAUCGAUUUAGAUAGCCCUUUCAACCCCCCUCGUUUUUUGAGGCAUCUUUCCUCCUGGGAGGUUGCCGACGUACAAUGGUCCCCAUUCGCGAUCCGUGAUUAUUGGGUGGUCAGCACCUCGAACCAAAAGGCUCUGGUCUGGAAUCUAAAUUGUCCGUCGACAAAUGCAGUAGAAACAGUCCUUCACGGCCAUUCCAGGGCUAUUACCGACAUCAACUUUUCGGCUCACAACCCUGACCAUCUUGCAACAUGUGCCGUGGAUUCGUUUGUACAUAUAUGGGACAUGAAGACGUCACGAAGACCUGUCCUGACAUUUAGCGAUUGGUUUGCCGGAGCAACCCAAGUCAAGUACAAUAGACAAGACGAAAAUGUCAUUGCAUCUUCACACGACAGGCUCCUGCAUAUCUGGGAUAAACGCAAGGGUGCUUUCCCUUUGCACACAAUAGAAGCCCAUGAUACAAAAAUAUAUGGCAUCGACUGGAACCGGACGCGAAAGACCGGUAUAGUAACCUGCUCUCUAGACAGAGCAGUCAAAUUCUGGGAUUACUCCAAAGGCUAUAGCGACCCAGAACGCAUACUACGGACCAGUUAUCCUGUGUGGAGGGCCCGGCACACACCAUUUGGCUGGGGGAUCAUGGCUAUGCCCCAGCGUGGGGAAAAUGAACUUUUUCUUUAUGACAGGCGUGCCACCGGCGAUGCAUAUGCGGAACCGGUCACUAAAUUCUCAUAUCAUAGCGCACCCGUAAAGGAGUUUCUCUGGCGCUCAAGAGGUGGGACAAAUCCAGAUCGGGAUGAUCGGGAGUUUCAGCUUGUAACCUGGAGUAAGGAUCGCGAGAUACGCCUAUGGGAGAUUCCUUUGCGAUUAAUGAAAGGUAUUGGCCACGAUCCUGAAGCCAAACUGCGAUUCAGGUUGACCAGGCUGGGCGCGCGGUAUAAAACCUUCCGGCGAGAGCCGCCCAUUAAAUCGAACGACAAAUUGCACACUUUGCCUCGUUUAAGUGCUCUCACUGAUGCCGGCCAGCGCAUCGCACCCCCCUUGAGAGUAAAUGCCCCUUCUCACCGUCCUGUUUCUUCGGCUUCAAGAUUCGGUUUAUCAAACAGGCAGCAUGGGUUGGGCAAAAGCUUCAUGUCUGGACAGAGGACAAAUACCAAAUCAACAGCCCUACACAGAGAUAUGAAUCCUAUCCAAUGGAUGAAGGGUAUCAAAAUGCAGCACCGUGGUGAUGGUGUCUUUGGCCUGGGGGGUAAUUCUGAUGAAGGCCAAAAAUUAGAAAACAGCAGCAAUUUCGAUCUCAAUAUAAAGCCUACGUUUACUUUUGGGUGGACCGGGCCAGAAAGCCUCUCUGACGAAAUUACGUUGGUGGGGCUACGGUUUUCGAAGAUAAGAUUUGAUAAGGUUAAUGUCAAUAACAGAACUUGUCUGAUGUCAUUCUCAGGCCCUUGGGGCCUCUCUUCUCAGUGGGUCUUUUUACGAUGCUCUGUUCACUUCCCAGCCCAUUAUCCCAGUCCUGGAGCAAAUCCAAUAUUCCAGGUUGAGAAGACAACAAAAAUUAUGGAUGAUAAACUAGAGGAGAUCUACAUGCAGCUCAAGAGAAUUGCCGACAGUUACCUCGAGCACGGAAAAUUCUGCUUGGAGGCUUGUUUGAGUUUUCUGCUGGGCGAGAGGGCGGAAGAUGCCAUGUACUGGGGGGGUAAACGCGGCCCAGGUGCCCCGGAAGACGAAAGUAGCAGUGAUGAAGAUAUCGGGAGUGCUUUGGCUCGAGGCCCCGAUCAAGGCCCUCCGGGCUUGAAACAAUUAAUACGGAAGAACAAUAAGGGCAGUGUGCCUUUAGCUAAGGCUUGUGGAGCGAUGUGGAGCGAGACCGGUAAACUCGUCUGCUUUUUCCCUCCCAAAGAAGAACAGCCUGUUAAAUCUUUGAUUUCAAUCUUGAACUUUUCUGAGCGGCUACGAGACCCAUUUGCGGACAAAUCGUCUCGAAGAUUGUUUGAAUCAUUUGGUCGUUUGCAAUCAUCGACCAUCCGCAAUCUACGACCAGCGUCUGCCACCGGUGCUGAUGAAUCGGGCGAUGAGGUGGAACGUUCCGGUUCUAGCGACUUGGGGAGUUCCUCUGCCUCGGAAGAACUGGUUUACUCGGUAGCACGUUGGAAGGAAAGACAUGAAUUCCGUACAGCUAGCUCGCGGAACCGUAACGAUUCCACGGAUAGGUCGACGCAAGCCGGAAACGAGGGUCGGUCCAUCCAAAGAUCUGCAGGGACAAGCCAGCUCAAAACUUCCCAUAACUUUAAUAAACCUGAUUUACCUUUUACAGGCACUGUUGGGUCUCGAAAACAGCAUCAAAACUAUAUAGCAAUCCACGACUAUUCGCACCUGCUUCCUAGCAACCGGGAGCUAGCAGAAGACUACGCGAUAUACGGCACUGGUACUGACGUUUGUAAACACAAUGCAUCGAUCGCUAGCACAUGGAAACAGUGGGAUAUACGAGAUACGUGGAAAUUAGCCGAAUUAGUACUUUGCAAAGAAAUCCCACUCGAACUAUCUUCAGACCUUCCUGGCAAGGAUCCAAUGUUGGUUGUGUCACCACAGUGGCGUAAUUUGGGAUCACACACAGGAACACCUCAGCACCCUGGCCCAGGGAAGGAUGAGUUCUACGGGAGGGUCAAAUGGGGAAACCACCCAGGCGGUGGAAUUUGGCUCGUCGAAAAACUGAUUUCUCAUUUCGAAAAGAAGCUCAAUCCUCAAAUGCUUGCUAUGCUCUCUUGCAUCUUUCUUGAACCGGAAGCCAAAUCUAGCUUUACAUCCGCUAGCCUGCAUCUGUCCCAGAAGGAAAUGCCAAUCUCAUUAAAAUCCCCAGGGUUUUCCCUGGACUACUACCCCAGUUUUAUAAAUGCACUACGAAGGUCGGAUUCAUUUACACUAUCACCGCAGCAUUUGUCAGGAACGAAUACCCCGCUUGUCACCUAUCCGAACUCCUACAGUUCGUCUCUAGGCGAUAAUGCAGGUACCCCAUGGGUAGCAUCUGCGAGUGACCCCACUACACCCUACUCUAUCGGUGGCACGCCACCUACACAACCCAACCUAGUCAUACGUGGCCAUAGUGACUUGGGCGGUGCUCAAUCGAUGUCUUCGUCUCCAGAACACCUUCACAACCAUCACCAUCCCUACCAAAGUGGUCAGAAUCAAGUGAAGCGCUCUACUGGUAUAAGCAACAUCACAGGAGGAAUUGCAAGAGCACUUACAUCACAAGGGGGGCUCGGGGCAGUUAUUGCUGGUGGCUUGAACGGGAUGGGGGCAUCUCCGCCGGGUAGGAAAAUAAAGCCUCCACCACCGGAACAGAAUGUGAAUUUUUCCAUAGCAGCAACGAACCAACAAUCCUCAACGGUUAGUUGGGCCCCGGAACAUCAAAAUCGCGGGAAAUCAAAAACUUCCGGUUGGGGAAUAGUGACUGAAGAAGGGGACGAGACCGAGGAAGAGUACCUAAUUGACCUGCAACUCCAUCAUCUCGAACACUUCGAUGACGAGGGGGCCAUGAGCGUCCCUCUGCUUGAUAAUUCAAGGCAACAGCAUUUCCGCCAUUACCGAGAAACCUACGCGGACAUGCUUUAUACUUGGGAUUUGCCACUUCAGAGACUAGAAAUCCUCAAGUUCAAUGGUCUGAAAGCUUUUAAUGAUAUCAACCUCGACAAACUAGAAACUUUUUCUCGAAAACAAGAUAAAAUUUGGGACGGACUUGUCGUCGGUGGCUGCUGCCCGCAAUGCGGGUCUACCUCGACCAACUCAAAACGACCUCACAGCGGCUGCGCGGUGUGCAAAGACCAACCCACCCGUAGCCUACAAUGUGUUAUUUGCAACACUGUCAUUAAAGGUUUGUGCUCCUCCGUACAUAUCUCGAUGAUCAUUACCCGCUAA